AAAAAAUAUCUGUUAACUUUUGUCUCAAAGAGAGACAAAAAGAAACUUUAUUUCCAGAAAAACCAAGUUACUUUGCUUGACCUGCUAAAACAAAAACCAGAACUGAAAACCAAACAUGGCUUUCUGACACAACAGACUUUUAAUAACUAAACGUUAUUUCUUCAACUUUUAGUUGAAGAAAUAAACAGAUGUGCUAGUUUGUCAAAAUGUUUAUCAUCUUUCCGCAUAAGUUGACAAAAAAAUAAAUAAAAACAUGUUAUGUGACUCUCAACUUAAAUAAAGUAAGUGCAUUUCACUUAGAUUCAUUUUAUAGCAAUUUCACUUGUGGGUGUUAACUAUAUGUGAUGUCUCUAAGUAGCAAGAAUCACCUUAUAGAUUUUAUUUGACAUGUCUAAAAUUGACAUCAAAUUGCACAUAAUACUGUGUGUUGUUGUAACAUAACUUACUAAAAGCCACACAUUUUCUUUUACUAUUAAAUGCAAAUCAUAUUGCAGAUGAUUAUCAGUUUGGGAGAGUCAGUAACUGUCAAGUUCUUAGUCAAGUUUACUCUAAACAUAAACCAUAACACACUAGCAAAACCAAACUGAGACCAUAGCAUUGUGAGCUGAUAGGUUGACUUGUAAGUCAUCUGAAAGUGUGCUUCAAAUAUAACCCAGCUAGAAAACCACAAAUGACUACACAGAAGUAUAACUUGUAUAACUUUCAAGGGUAACAAGUAUAACUUGCUGAUAUUAAGCACAUAUUAUCCUACUAUUAUACACUGAGUAUUGUGCAUAAUACCACUUUCCUGAUGGCAUAAAAGUGUAAACUAAAAGAAAAUCGCAAAGAUACAUUUGGAGCAACACUGAAAUUUUAGCGCCUUGCCUUAGGUUGUUGACAUGUGUAGCUUGUAGCCUACUGAAGUAUUUGCCCUGCUCCAAAUGACUUGAUGUGGGAGUGUUUUAUGUACAAAAAUACCAGCUUUGUACAACAUUUUCCCUCUUCUUUGUAGAAUUAUUUUCAUUCAGCCACAUUGGAGGGUUUAGGAUGAAACCUAGAGCGUCUCAGUCUGAUGUAAGUCUGAACUUCCAAUAGUCUAAUUCAGAGACGAGUUUGCUUGUGUGCGUCUUGUCGUUGUCCAGCUGCACAGCUCCCUGAGCGAAUAGUAAUGAAGACGGCUGGAGUUUAUUCAUCAGGAUUUAUUGGCAGAGAGCUGCACUCAUUCUUCCAUCAAUUAUUGCAUGCCAUAAAGCAGGUCUAGAUAAUUACAUAAGAACCACCAUGCUAUACUGCCACUAGGAGAAUAUCAACUGUGGUAGUUUUAUACCAUAUGCUAUGCAAUGAAGACCUUUAAAAAGGUCUUGCUCACUAUUCUGGUGUCCAUCAAGCUGAUUUUUUUGUGUUUGUUUGUUCAGCAAUGGUACAGUUUACAGCCCGUCUUUUAUUGCCCUUUGGUUUAGAGUUUAAUUCUUUGCCAGUCCAACACAGGGCAACAAAGACUCUCUCAACCAUUCACUCUAAGAGCAAUUUUAGAAUAGUCAAGUAAUGUGAAAUCUUGUUUUUGGACUGUGGGAAGAAGUGAGGGUGUCUGGAGAGAACCUACACAUGGAGAACAUGCAAACUACAUGCAGAAAGACCCCAAGCAACAGUACACGCCUAGUUAUGAGGCAAGAGGGACAAAAAAAAGCCCAUCGUUUGCAAACGAGCCAGAUAUUGACAUAAUAAGCUACACUUUUCCCUUCUCGCAUCCACAUUUUCUGCUCUUCUAUGUGUAUACAAUUUCUUUCUUUUUCCUGGAGAAAAAUAUUCUGUUCUGCUGAAUAUUUUGGCAGAACAGCUUUGGCAAUGCUCCAAACACCGGAUCUGAGUGUUUACUAAUUGUUUUUGUCCAGACCGUGUUUAUACACACCGCAUUCUUUAUGUAUUAAUCUGCAGGACAGUUAAAAGAAAAAAAAGUAAAACCAGUUGCCGAAGCCCUCCCCCCCCUCUGUUGGUCUUCCACCAGAUGAUGGUGCAACAUUCUUUGCUCUCAUCCUCUCAGCUUGUCUCCCUCUUCUGUCUUACACUCGCACACAUAAACACGCCUACAUGAUCCUGCUGGGGAAUUUGUGGCCCCAGGCUAACAAAACACAACCUAACAGCGGUGGAAGAGCCGCUGAGAGAAACCAACACAACUCGGGCCGCUCACAGCGGCCUAACAGCAUGGAGCUGCUCAGUUAGGACGUUUAAAAGGCUCUUUCCUCACCAGCGGGGUUGCAAGGAUGAUGCGGGCGUGACGACGCCAACCCGGCUCUGACGAUGUACGAGGUGAUGUCUGGUGACACCCUGGCCUGGAAAGGAGCCAGUCCAAGACAAAGCAGCACAGAUCCCAGCCCCGAAAACGAGAUUACUGGGGAGGGAGGGCCAGUAAAAAUCCUCAAAGUGUGCUUCUGCACCAACAACAACCUAGGAAAGAAUUUUAAGCUGGUGAAGUGUGACAGCUCCUGGAAAAUUCAGGCUAUCAUUCGCUCCAUCCUGAUCAGCGGUCGAUUGGGACCCAACGUUGAACUCUCAAAAUGUUACGGUCUUAUGCUGAAGCACUUAAAGUCCGAAGAACUUCACUGGCUCCACCCAGAUCUGACCGUGGGCGAGGUCGAACAACGCUACGAGAGUCAUCACGUGGAGGCCGAGUGGAGGUAUGACCUGAGGAUCAGAUACAUUCCAGUCAAUUUCCUGGAGAAGUUUAAAAAUGACAGAUCCACGUUUCUUUAUUUUUAUCAGCAGGUGCGCAGCGACUACAUGCAGUGUCAUGCCAGCAAGGUCAGCGAUGGGAUGGCCCUGCAGCUUGGCUGUUUGGAGAUCAGGAGAUUCUACAAAGACAUGAAUGCAAAAGGUCUUGAAAAGAAAUCCAACUUUGAGCUGCUGGAAAAAGAAGUUGGCCUGGACCUUUUCUUCCCUCAGCAACUGAUAAACAGCAUGAAGCCUAGGCAGCUGCGGAAGAUGAUCCAGCAAACAUUUCAACAGUAUGCAACCCUGAAGGAGGAUGGCUGCAUGAUCAAGUUUUUUGAGACCCUCAAGACGUUUGCCAGCUUUGAUGAAGAGGUCUUUCCAUGUGAACUUGUGCAAGGUUGGAGUUUGUCUGUGGAGCUGGUCAUUGGAGGAAGGGGCAUUCGCCAACGUUCUCAGAAGGAUUCAGCAGCUUUGUUCCUUACUGACUUCAAACAGAUAAAGAAAAUCCAAUGCUUGCCUCAGACCGAUGAUAAAGCUCUCCUCAACAUCAGCGUCGAAGGCGCCAAACAAAACCUAUCUAUCAGUGUGGCUUCGGUUCCUGUAGCAGAAAACAUGAUGGAUCUCAUCGAUGGAUACUGCCGCCUGGAAAAUGACACAGACGACAGUGUUAUUUACCGACCAAACAAAGAUGCCAAGUCUGCACGGGUGUCCCUACCCGACAUCCCUACAAGCACUGACACCAUCAACUCAUCUAGACACAGUAUGGGUUCGGAUAUUUACUGUGAGAUUCUUGAUGAGAGGCCAAAAUCAGCGGUGAAAUAUGGGAUUGAUAGAAAGGACAUCAUUCUGGGGCGAAUCCUUGGCGAAGGCUUCUUUGGAGAAGUGUAUGAUGGAGUGUACAAAAGAGCCAAUGGCGAGAGGGUCAAUGUGGCAGUCAAGACCUGCAAGGACUGCUCAUCUGACGUGAUGGAGAAAUUCAUGAGCGAAGCAGUUAUCAUGAAGAACCUCGAUCAUCCUCACAUCGUCAGGCUGAUUGGCGUCAUAGAGGAGAAUCCUGUGUGGAUCGUCAUGGAGCUUUACCAGUACGGAGAGCUCGGUAAAUACCUGACUCAGAACCAAAACAAACUGACAAACACAACGCUGGUGCUGUUCAGCCUGCAGAUCUGCAAAGCCCUCGUCUAUCUCGGGGGGUUCAACAUGGUGCACAGGGAUAUUGCUGUUCGGAACGUGUUAGUUGCAAGCCCAGACUGUGUAAAGCUUGGAGACUUUGGUCUGUCGAGAUAUAUCGAGGAUGAAGAAUAUUAUAAAGCUUCUGUUACUCGAUUACCAAUCAAGUGGAUGGCCCCAGAAUCCAUCAACUUUAGACGUUUCACCUCAGCUAGCGAUGUCUGGAUGUUUGCUGUGUGUAUGUGGGAGAUCAUGAGCCAAGGGCAGCAGCCGUUCUUCUGGCUGGAGAACAGGGACGUCAUCAACCAGCUGGAGCAGGGCAUCAGAUUGCCCAAACCAGAGAACUGCCCUCCAGCUCUUUACUCACUCAUGACGCGCUGCUGGUCCUACGACCCCGGAGAGAGACCCAGCUUCACCGAGCUCGUGAUCAAGAUUAGUGACGUCCACAAGAUGGAGAAGGAGCUGGACGUAGAGCGAGAAAGAGACAGAGCGCGCGCCACCAAGUUUCUGGAACCAAAGGUCAACUUUGCAGAUGCUCCCCCCAAGCCCUCAAGGACGAAGCCAAGCCGAUUUGGGAACGCGCUCAGUAUCGGUCUACAUAUUCAGCUGAAUGAAGCCCUUUGUGCCAGCUCACCAGACCUGGCCAGCCCAUGUGAAUACCAGUCCCCGAUUGACUCCAGAAACACGCUCGCUCUGCCGGUCAGGUCCCCCCGUCGCCGCAGUGUGGGGGAGAGCGAGUUUUUUCGGAUGGAGCCAAACAGCAGGGAGGACGCCCAGCGGCUGUGGCAGAGAGAACGGCAAUACAUGCAGGAGACUCUGCGGAUCCAGAAAGAGCAGAUGAUGGAGGAUAAGAAGUGGCUGCAGGAGGAGGAGAGACUCCUGGUGGGAAACAGAGCAUCUUUUGCUUUUGUCGACUCCCUCUCUGUGUCCCUGUGUCCCUCUUCUCACCAGUUCAAUGUUACCCUGGAGUCUGAGUGGAACAAGGCGCCUUUAAAUAGAAUAAAAACUUUUGUCCAACCUCGACGCGCCACUAGCGUUAGACUGAAUGUUCCCCUGAUAACAGUGCAAACGAAAGGCCCCAUGUCUUUAUUCUGUAAAAUGAACCUGCCUGUUCUUUUGCAGGACCCCAUGGGACAAGAUGACUUUCCCAUUGCAGAGCCAAUUGAAGAUGAGAGUGAACAUGCACCACCUGAGAAACCCCCCCGACUCAGAGCACAGGCCACAGCAGAGAUCGACCGUUCCGACGAUAAAGUAUACCAGUACGUUAUGGACUUGGUCAAAGUUGUUGUCCAACUCAAGAAUGACAUCACCGAGCUGCAACCAGAACAAUACAUCUCCAUUGUCAAGUCUGUUGGGAUGGCCUUACGAGAUCUGAUCCGCAGUGUGGAUGAUGUGCUGCCGAGUUUACACGAGUCGAUUCGGACCGAGAUUGAAGGUACCCAGAAGCUGCUCAACAACGACAUGGCCGAGCUGAUCAGCAAAAUGCGCCUGGCCCAGCAGAACUCCAUCACAUCUUUAAAGGAGGAGUGCAAAAAACAGAUGCUGGCUGCUGCUCACACUCUGGCCAUGGACAGCAAGAACAUGUUGGAUGCUGUGGACCAAGCAAGAGUCAGAGCUAAUAUAGCCAAACCAGCUGCACCAGAGUGAACUGCUUUGUUUUUUUCUUUCUUUUUUUUUUUUUAACUGACUUUUUUCUUGUCUCUCUAAAAUAACAUUUGGACCUCAGAGAGUUUGGUUUUGAUAAAUCUGAGCCAAAGUCAGCCUCUGGUUCUUUGGGGAACCAUCGGUGUGUAAAUGAGUGAUGUGUUUAAGUGACACUGUCAAAGUAAAAUCAAAAAUCCACACUAUUUGAUAAGAUAUUUUUAAAAAUUGCAAAAAACGGACUUGCGUGUAAUGAUCUUCAAUGGAAGUCUAUGUUGAGACAUUUAUGUUAAGUUGGAAAUUAAAAAUCUUUGUAAAUACAGAA